CUCAUCCACCAUUCAAUAUUCUUUCUUGAAAAAAAACCAUUGAUCCUCCAUUCUCCUCUCUAGCCACCCAAAACUAUUUCUCCUUCAUGGAUUCCCCUAAUAGAGAAGAUUAUGAGAUGGAAAUAGAAGCUGAUGAGAGGCAAAGAGAAGCUGAUAAUAGGCAAUGGGAGUAUGAGUGUCAAAUUGAGCGUGAUCGCAUGGAGAUGUUCAUGAUGUAUGCAAACCAUCCUCACCAACAUCAAGCAAGUGGAUCUCGUGGCAGUUCAUCAACACGAAAAACAGUGAAACUUAACAAGGAAGACGGUCAGAGGCGCUUAAUGCAAGACUACUUCACCCCAAAUCCAACCUACGAUGCUAAGGCCUUCACAAGGCGAUAUCGGAUGCCCCCUGCCUUAUUCAACCGAGUCAUGAACGAUGUUGUACAAUAUGAUGACUACUUCAAGCAAGGGACAAAUGCUGCAGGUCGUGACUCAUUCUCCCCACAUCAGAAGCUUACUGCUGCGUUCCGCAUGCUUGCCUAUGGAUGCUCGGCAGACUCUUUGGAUGAGUCCUGUCGAAUGGCUGAGAGCACCGUAUUGUUGUGUCUGAGGAAAUUCUGCUCAGCUAUCACAAACAUUUAUGGUGCUCAAUACUUGCGUGCACCAACUGUAGAUGAUACUCGCCACCUCCUUCAUCAUGCUGCACAACGUGGAUUUCCGGGCAUGAUUGGUUCUAUCGACUGCAUGCACUGGGAGUGGAAGAACUGUCCAACUGGGUGGGCAGGCCAAUUCACUGGGCACAAGAAGAAACCAACCAUUGUCCUCGAAGCUGUGGCAUCAUAUGACACAUGGAUUUGGCAUGCCUUCUUUGGAACACCCGGAUCGAACAAUGACAUCAACACUCUGGGAGUGUCCCCAUUAUUCGAUCAUGCAGUUCAAGGAUUGGUUCCCAAGGUCAGUUAUGUGGUAAAUGGUAAAAUGUACGAUCAAUGUUAUUACCUGGCUGACGGAAUUUAUCCUGAGUGGGCUCCAUUUGUGAGGACUAUCAGCACUCCAAGUAACCAAAAAAAGAAGUUGUUUGCAAGGUGUCAAGAGGCUUACCGGAAGGAUGUUGAAAGGGCCUUUGGCAUACUUCAACAAAGAUGGGCCAUUGUCAGGGGCCCUAGCCGUCUUUGGGAUGUGCAAACACUUGGUAAUAUCAUGUUAACUUGUAUUAUUAUGCAUAAUAUGAUAGUGGAAGACCAACGGUUCGAGUAUGGGGAUGGGGAAGAGGUGAACAUUGAGUAUGAGAAUGAGAGUAAUCCAAAUGUCACAUGGGAGCCACCUGAACAUAACACUCCUACUCUCAUGGAGUACAUGGCUAGGCAUAACAUGAUUCGUGAUCGACUUGGACAUCACGCAUUGCAGAAUGAUUUGAUAGAACAUUUGUGGACCAUACAUGGAGGAGAGUAGUCGACGAGUGUGUUGAAAUAAAGAAAGUGUUUUCCUAUGUUUUCCUAAUGUAUUUUCUAUGUUUUCUUUAUCUAUUUUCUAUGUUUUCCUAAUGUAUUUUCUACGUUUUCUUGAUGUAUUCCUAUGUUAUCCUAAUGUAUUUUCUAUGUUAUCUUGAUGUAUUUUCUAUGUUAUCUUAAUAAGACGAAAAAUAAGGU